CCCGGCCGGCCGCGCGCCCCGACACCACUCCGCUGCUCCUGUGUUUACUAUUCACCCACCAAGUUGUGAUCUCCGUGAAUUAAGCCCGCUGCGGCCUGUGAAAUCUCCCGGAUAAAGCACCUGCGCCCCCAUUCAUAGACUGUAAAUAUAUUCUAGAUGCCGAGGACUACAUGAACCAAGUUGUAACAGUUGGUGUAAUAAGAAGUUGGAAGAUAAUGCAGCUGCAGUUGCACACUGUGAAGUGUCAAACACACAAGCGAACAUUCUCAAGUUCAGCGGACACAAUUGACAAUACUACAAAUUGUCUGCACUUGGGAAGGUGGUGCCUCUAGCAGAUAUUAAGGUGGGACUGCACAGCGUGUGAUGCCUGCAUCAUCAGCUGAGGUGAUAGGGGUGGCGCUGCAGUCUGCAUACCGAGAUACACCGGUGGACACAGCCCCCUCUUCCUUAUACAAGAAGAACCAUUUAGAGGAGCAGCUUGUGGCAUCUAGUAAACAGGUGCUGCUGAACCAUGUUGAGUAUGAUCGUGUGGGCACCCAACAAUCUCUGGUGCUAAGCUCUCUCAAGACCAAAUAUGUGAACCUGACAGCCAGCGACACCACCACUCCCACCUCUCCGUCAGGUAGCAUGGCCCAUGCACGCCACAAGCCAUCCGCCGGAGCGAAAGAGGACCAGCUGGAGGAGCCUCGUGUAGUUUUGUGGCCCAGGGACAAGGUCACUUUGGGCUGGAGGAAGACCUUCUCCCCUGGGGCAGGAAUGGUCAACUUGGGAAACACAUGUUAUAUGAACUCUUCACUUCAGGCACUCUUCCACAUCCCAUCUAUGGCUAAUUGGCUUAUGGAUGACCUCUCGACCCACACUCAGCGAUGUGAAAGUAUCUCUGGAAAUGCUUCCUUCUGUUCGGUUUGUGCAAUGAUGAGGACUUUUCGCUCCACGCUAGACCGAUCUAAUACAGUCAUCAAGCCGUCACUCAUACAACACAAGUUAAAAAGCAUAGGUAAAACCCUUAUGUAUGGAAGGCAAGAAGAUGCCCACGAAUUCAUCAAGCUGCUUUUGGAUCACAUGGAAAAAUCAUACCUCACGUUCAGGAAAGCAAUGAAGCUCGAUCAUCGUUCCAAGGAAACCACACCUCUGAAUCAAAUAUUUGGAGGCUACAUUAGACAACAGGUGAUAUGCCCUGUGUGUCAUCAUGUGUCCACAACCUUUUCACAUUUCCAAGACUUGGUGCUAGAUAUCCGUUCAGUCAACAGUGUUGAUGAUGCGCUCAACCUCCAUUUUAAGAAAGAAACCCUUGAUGUGGAUAAUGCCUAUAAGUGUGAGAAGUGUCUCAAAAAGGUGCCUGCCACUAAGAGACACCUCAUCGAAAGAGCUCCACAUGUGUUGCUGAUACAGUUAAAGAGAUUUACAAUGUCUGGUGGUAAAAUUGGAAAACACAUAAAUAUUCAAAGAACAAUAGAUAUAUCGAGAUUUGUGAAUGGAGCCAGCAAACAUCAGCCAGGUACUGGACCAUAUCAAUAUCGUCUAGCGUCUAUGGUAAUUCAUCUGGGUGGAUCACAACAUGGAGGACAUUAUACAGCUGUUGCAGAAGCAUCCAGCGGUACUAUGUUUGAAUUUGACGAUUCAUCGGUGCGAUCCAUAUCCGUUCAGAGUGCCCUUUUGCGUAACCCGUACAUCCUGUUUUAUGAGAUGGUACGAAAACCAAAGGAUAAUAUGCAGGUAAAACAGGUGGUUCGCCAGAGUUCAGAGAAGACCUUGAUACGUCAGAAUUCAGAUGGGGUCUCCAAACCAAUACCAACAAGCCAUAGUGCCUCCUCAGUGGCUAAUGGCUUUGGUCGUGCCACUGAUAACAUUGGGGAAGUUGGAAAUAGAAAUGGCAUUCCAACUCCUACUAAUAAACCUCCAUUACCAUCACAUAAAGACAGGGAAAGAAUUUCCUUUGGAAUAAAGUUAAAUCAAGGCAAAAGUGAAAGCACGAACAAGCCCAAUAGAAUUAUCCUCAACGCCGGUACCACAUCCCUCUUGAUAAUGAAACCUUCGGCCUCUUCUUCGGGCUCUUCCUCAUCUACUUCAACACCAAGCAAAACGGUUUCAACUCCUAAAUCGGUGCCUAGCUUGGUCCCAUAUCCAGAUGAUUCAGACGAGUCGGAGAUCGAUGAAUCCAAGGGGGGGUCAGUGAAAGCACACAGGGAAAAGUCUGUUCAGAAUAAUAAAGUGAAAAGUGAUGAUCCAAGAUGUAUAAAAUCAAAUGGUGUUAAGAGUGCAAAAAGUGAGAAAAUAAAUGGAUUGUUACAUGUGCAGAAACCAGAAAGGCUAAGUAAUGGUGAUGUUAAAAAUAAUAAGUGUACUGAAAGUGACAGUAGCAUAAAAAGUAAUAUCUCCAGUAAAAGCGGAACAACUACAUUUAUGCCACGGUCUCUACAGGUUGUAAAUAGCACCACUCAGCAUUAUACAGCAGCCAUCAAAGCCAGUUGUAAAGGUAAAAGUGACUCAGGCUGGCUUGUGACAGAUGCAUCAUUACAUUCACCAAGUGAAAGCAGCAACAGUAGUGCUGGUGGAUCACAUGGAAAUUUGUUCACCGUGGUAGACCAGCCUACCAGCUGUAAGUUAGAACAGAAACAACCGCAUGUGCAAGUGCAUGAAAAACCAGAAAACCAAGGAUGGACAGUGACUCCCAAAAAGCAGCGUCCAGAAUUAGAAAAAUCCCUAUCGCAUGACUCUGUUCUUCCUAGCCCAACUCACAAAAAAGACGAAGCAGACUCUGCAAGUCUGAAGAGUAAAGCCAGUGUGGACAGCUGCCGCUCUGAUCGCUCAACAAAAUCCAUGAAGAAGUCUAUCUUAUCGCUAUUUACUUGUGUCUCAUCUCGCAGUCCAGAAAGUCCUGAAGACGAGCAGCCGGAAGCUGUAUUUCCUCAGCGGGAAAGACCAGAGUGCAACAAGCUGAAGUCCACAGAUGGUUGUCGCAUAAAAGGCGGUGACAUAGACGGCAAGGUUAGCAAGAGUAACAGCACUUCCAAUUCACCUAAUCGCAAGGAAUGUAAGAAAGAACUCUUGAAUGAAUCAAAUAAAAAUGGAAUAAAUUGUCAUAGUGAAAAUGGUCAUCAUAGCUCAAAAUCAGACACUGACAGUGAAGCAGAAAAUUCUCAGAGUAAAAGAUUUAGAGAUCAUGAUGACAAUGAACCUUCAAGCCCCUCAAAGAAAUGUCGUCCCGAAGACAAAGCAAAAUCUAUCAAAAAGAAUGAGCAUGAAGCAUCAAAAAAUGGACUUAAUUGUAAUACUUCAAAAAACGGACAAAAUAGUAGCUACGAGGCAAAGUCAAAAAACGUACAGUGUAGUGACUCUGAUGUUUCAAAAAACGGGGUCAUUCAUGAAAAUGGGAAAUCAAAAAAUAGACUUGUGGAAAAGGGAAAGAAGGGUAGUAAAAGAAGCAGAGAUCGUAAGCGAGGAAAAAUCUCAUCAUGUAACGGUGAAAGCUCCAAAGCACAGAACGAUUCCUCAUCCGUUUCAGCCUUGUCCCUCUCUGCGUCAUCAGACUCUGAAUCGAGUGAUGGUGAAGGUGAUAAGGAAGGAACUGAGCGUUGGGUUGAAAAGACUAAAGAGACCAUAGGGAAAGCUAAAACCAAUCCAGUGGCCCAAAUUGUUCAUUGGAACGGUAGUCUUAAAGAUCUUUCUCACACUAUAGGCCGUGACCGUGACAAUGAACAGAGCCAUGACCGUGAAAGAGAGAAUUUUAAAGAGCCUCAUAAAAGGAGGUGUGGAGUGUGGGAUGGUAGCCGCACCACAGAAGUAGUGGACGAGUUGCGAAGAGCUGGAAACUUUGCCUAUGGAACUAAAGUGAAUACGUGGGGUGGAAGUAAGAGUAUUGCUGACCAUGAAGUUGAAAGAGAACGCAAGGAAUUGAAGAAGCGGACGUCUGACGACUUAUAUAAUGAGGAAUUUGACAGUGGCAGAACCAAGAAGAUAAAAAUGGUAAAGAAGACCUGGGAGUCACAAUGUUGGGACCGUAGCAUAGGUAACGAGUUUCAAAAGGUCCAAGACUUUCGAAAUUCAGGAUCGUGGUCACCACACAACCACCACAACCAUAGCCCAUAUCAAUACCCAGGUUCACAUUUCAGUGAUCAUCACCAAAGACAUUUAUUUUGGGACAAGAAUCGUAAUCAUUAUCAGCCACGCAACAAGUCUUGGAACAGGUUUGGCAAGCGAGACCACAAGUUUCAUCAGAAACCAAAGGAACGGUAUAAACACUGGGAUAGAAGAGAUUAGAAUGUUUCUAGACAUACUGUGUCAAGUUUGAGAGCCACCUGAUCACAACUAUUGGGUGCAAUGCUGCAUAACUUAUGCCUGACACCAUUUUGAGCUGUUGUACCGUUCACAAUUUUGUGAUCUGUGGCUUUCUAAUAUGUUGCCUUGAGGGGCCCUGUUAAAUGCUCUUUAUAGGAUUGUAAAAAGUUGCUAAAUCUUGUACAGUACUAUGAAAGUCAUUAUCUUGCGUUUGGCAUUAUGGUGGAAAAAACACAUCUCUACAUUCUACCCUUCUCUACCUGCUUUAAUGCAAGCGGUAACACUGACUACUGUUUUCAGUUCUUGUAUGCAAGUAUUCUGAGAAAGCAUAAUGCUUGAAUGUCUUUUAUAAGAAUUUAUUACCAAUUGUUUAUUCAUUUAACUUUGUUACAUUGUUGAUUUGUACAAAAUUGAAGUAAAUCCCACACUGAAGCCUAGUUACAGCACGUUUUUAUCCCAGCAAUGAUAUGAGAGUCCUGUGAUAGUGAAUGAUAGUUUGUUUUAUUCAGCUUUUAUUUCUAAUAUGUUGCUGGUAUUUAUUAUCCGGCCUGUUAUGCUACUGAAAUGUAUAUUCAAGCAGUGCUAUUUAAAUGUGUGAAAUAAUAUAUAUAUAUAUAUAUAUAUAUAUAUAUAUAUAUAUAUAUAU